UAGGAUCUAUUUUGUUAAUCACGUUUGCUAUUUUUGAGCCAAUUUGUCGAUUUAUAUUAAAAAUAGCUUCUACCGAAAUGUUGACUAGCAAGCUAUAAUUAAAACUAAUUAACUAAAUUUAUCAGUGGAACUAAGCCUGAAAAGAUUAAGUAACACGGGCUAAAUUUUACUUGGUACGGAGCGGAAAUUUGGAUAUCUGCCAAUUUGCCCUGAUUAGCGGUACAAAAAUGAUCGAAAACGCAUUCAAGAGCCUUUGUGACUUGAAUUGUAUAUUCUAAAAAUAGAACUUUGUAAAAAAUAUUUUUGCAACAAUUAAACGUCGUAUGUUUAAUUAUAUGAUUAUUUUACACGCGCGUGUAUAUUAUUAGUGUAAAUAAAAUUUUUCAAUAGUUGUUGCAGCUUUAAUCGCGUCAAUGGUAUUUGUAAAUGUGCUAUCUACAAAUAUGCAACAAGCUCUGAAUUUAAUCAUUUAAAUUUCUCAAUUAUAAACUCUACGAAAAUUAUAAAUUACGCAAAAUAUGCAACUGUAUGUACAACUAUGCAACAAUACUGCAUCUACGAUGCGAUACACCGCGUAGAAAUCUUUCGUUUCACUUUCAGCCGGUUGUCCACACAGAUAGAAUGAAUGCUUAACUAAUUUCUACUCGGCAUAGUCUUUUUCUGUCAUUUGGCUUGAGGUAAAUUUAGUUCACCUACCGGUUUCAAUGUUCUCAGUACAUCUCCCGCCGCGGCUUGCUCAGUUGCUAUCUAAGGACAACUUUCAGCACUUACAAAGUAAUUGCCGUAACGCUUGCAUGAGUCAUCGUCCUUUAAUAUUUUUAUAAUAAUCAGACGGUAAAUGUAAGAUAAGAAAAGGAUAAAAAAAAGAGAGAGGGGAGAAGAGCCAGAAAUUUAUCUGAUAUUUCCAAGAGUGCGAUUAAGCUCAUUAAGGAUUAUUUAUACGUACGAGAUGGAGAUAGCGAAGGAGCUCGUGCUGACUCUCAAGCAGAAUAACAAGUCGCACGUUGGAUACGGAUUGCAAAAGGAAUGCGAGGCCCUUGUCGGACACAUUUUACAGAACAUGGUCAGAUCGCAGAUGCCGUCGCUGCACGCCGUAACAAAGAACGAAGAGGACUCCGUAAGGUACAGGGAGGAAGGUAACCAGCACUUCGUAAUGGGCGACGAUCUGGAAGCUAUCGAGUGCUACACGCUGAGCCUGGCGUAUGCCGACAGCGAUGAACUCGUGGCACACGCGCACGCGAACCGAUCCGCCGCCCUGUACAGGAAGCAGCUGUACAAGGAGUGCCUCAUCGACAUCGACGCGGCGUUGGACCACGGAUAUCCGAAGGAGAAGCGGAAGAACCUGAAGGAGCGGGGUGAUAGGGCGAUAGUGGAAAUAAAGAAACUGUUGCAGGUGGAUUCGGAGAACGCCGACACUCGCGGAGUCGUGGAGAGACUGUGUCCAGGCGACGAUGCCGAGGAGCUUCCGUCUGCCACGGAGUCGGGAAUCACCGACCGCAUUGAAAACGGGGAGACGAUCGAGGGAAGUGCUCCGAGGAAGCAGGGCGCAACGGCCAAAGAAAAUUACCUCCAUUACGCGGCAAGAGUUCCGCCGCGGAAACCAAGGUACCUGCAGAACGACGAUUUCUCCAAGUUAAGGUACGGUCCGAGCGAGGAGGUUCCUGCCGCCAGCGACGGCCUGGCGGUGGCCUUCUCGGAGAGGUACGGCAGACACUACGUCGCGACGCGGGAGUUCAAGCCCGGCGACAUAGUCAGCCUCGAGGACCCGUACGUGCACGUGAUCUACGAGGAACGGUAUUACACGCAUUGCCACCACUGUCUGUCCAGAAGCUACAACCUGAUCCCGUGCCCGGAGUGCCCGAUAGCCCAAUACUGCUCGGAGGAGUGCAGGAGGCUGGCGUGGGACGCGUGCCACCAGACGGAAUGCCCGAUUCUCAAGCUGCUGAGCAACCUGCUCAACGUGGACAAGGAUAAGAUAAGGAUGAUCUCGAAGAUCAUCCGACUGCUGAUUGUCGUCACGGCGAACGGCACCAGGAUCCAAGAGCUGCAGGAAGAUAUGAGGGUCGCGGAAUCGAAUCCAGACAACAGGACAGCAGGAUUCACGGACACGGGUAUACUGGACAGUUUCAGCGUGCGUUCCGCGCUAAGCCUGGCGACUAACAUGACCACGAGGCCGCUGAUCGGAAUCAGCGCGUUCGCCUGCAUCUCGGCCCUCGCGGUGAUCCUCUUGGCCACGCAGACGAGCUUUUUCCCGAAAACGUACAAGCUCGACGACCUGAAGGACAUCAGCGGGUUCGCCGAGCUGAAAUUCUGCGCCAGCGUAAUGUUCCGUGCCUGCGUGAUGAUGUCCUCCAACUGCUUCUCAAUACAGCAGGAACCAGGAAUUGUAUCGGGUUCCGGCCUCUACGUGGCUCACAGCCUGUACAAUCAUUCUUGCGCGCCAAACACCUUCCGACACUUUGAGGGACUCACCAUGAUCACGCGCGCUCUGACGCCCAUACGCCCCGGUGACCAGGUAUUCACGAGCUACGGCGGCGUGUACGCUCACAUGGCUCGGUCUGAAAGGAAGCAGAAGAUACUGCAGGAUUACUUCCUCGACUGCGACUGUCCAGCUUGCGAGAACGACUGGCCAAUGUACAACCAAGUGUUACGGGAUCACGUUGGCUCCGUCUCGAAGAACAAGCAGCUCGUGGAAAGGCUGAAGCCCUUCAGAGAAAGAUUACUCGCGAAUAUGUACGAUAUCGAGGCGGUGAAAGCCGUCCUUGAUAUACUGUACAUGGAGGUCGCUAAACACCCGUGCGAGGAGAUACUGCACGCGGAGCAAUACUUGAAGAGCUAUUAUUUGGGUAAAUUUAAAUGAAUAUUAUGACGCUUCGUACGCUAAAGCGCAGCUUUUAUACCAACGUCGCUCUGCUUACUGCUUCUCGCUACGAAUGGCUUGUUGCUUAUACCAGUCCCUUGAUUAAUAUUUCUAAUGUAACACAUGUAAUCUCGAGCAUUGCUUCAUUUCUUGUUAUUUUCAAUAAAAUAAUCUCUGCAGCGUCA